UUUCUCUUUCUCUUUCUCCGUCUCAUUCACAGUCGUUCACAUCUCACUUCUCGGAACCUGUCCUUAUCCACCGCCAAAAAAUCCCUCAUUUUUUUCCCCACGUUUUCCACGUGAAUCCCUUGGAAUUUCCUCACGCCGCUCGCUUGCCGAAAGUUCCAUGAGCACACCAUCUUAAUGGAGUCGCAACGGAGAAUUAACGGCGCUGCUUUUCUUCGUCCUCUUCAACUUUUUCUGCACUCGUAUGUGUAUAUGAUCGUGUUUUCCUCGUUUAUGCGGUAGUUUUAAAGAUUUUCCGACGCCCGGAGUCAUGGAUUCUGCCGCCGUGUUGCUCUUUUCUGCGGUGCUCUGUUUCUGGCCUGCCUCGCCGGCGGCUGGAUUUCCUCUGUUGUCGGGGAGGCGGAACGAGUGCAUGAGCGCGGUCGAGAGGGCGGCCGUCUGGAGGGAGGGGGAAGGGGACGGCGGGUUGAUGACGUCGGAGAUAAGGCGGAUGGCUCAGGCGCCGGAGACGGCGGCGUGGAUGCUGCGGCUCCGCCGGGAGCUCCACGAGUUCCCAGAGCUCGCAAACGAGGAGUUCCGCACCAGCACAGUCGUCCGCCACGAGCUCGACUGCAUCGGGGUCGCGUACAGUGGCCGGUUGCCGGCACCGACGUCGUCCUUCAGCAGAUGGCACGGCGCUGUGCGAAGCAUGGUGUAGCGCGCACACUCGCGGACGAAUCUGUCUUCACUCUUCAGGCGUGCGGGACGUGGUGCGUGCCACGGGGAGCCUCCACAAACAGGGAGACGUGCAGCACGCCAAGUGCCCAGUUUAGCUAUCUACUAUAAAUGCUGCUUUCACCUAUCUUUUCUCUUAAUCGAUGUGUCUGCCGCAUGUUAUGUCCUAACAAACUCUAGUUAUUAGUUUAAGUUGAUUUAUGAGUUUUGAAAAUACCAUUAUGUUAAGAGUAUAUAUCCAACCGCCAAUCCUCUACUACUAAACACACCAGGGGGAAUAAACUUGACUCACC